AUGCUCUCGCCACAGGAGGUCGCCAACACCUUUGUGCUCUACGUGCCGACCUACUACGUCUCUUUUCAGUGUGUCGCGUCGUUGCUGCCGGAUGCCAUACGCGAGGAGAUCACGGGCCGCGGUCGCCUCGUCAACCUCUUCAAAAAGUUUCCUUUUAUCUUCGACGUCCUCGUCGUCGAUUCCGGCCGCAUCAACGUGCGGCUGCACCCCGACCUGAUACAUCCGCAGCGCGGCGUGGCAGAUGACAAGUACAUGAUGUCAGACGUUGGCCAGACAACCAGCUACGUGGUGAAGCCGGAGUUCAUCGUCUGCGCCGAGAAUAUCGAGUCCAAUGGUAUGCAGCGAGUGCUCCUCACGCCACCUGCCCCGCCGCCGGCCAUGCGCGUGCGGCUGGAGGAGCGAGUCCCAGUCCUGGACCGCCUGCGCAGUCUCGUGCCGGCGGAGUUCACCGCCAUAGAUGCACUGGAGGAGAGCAUUUCGGAGGAUAUAUUGUUUCACCCGUACUUCAACUGCCAAGGCGGCCUCUUCUCCAUUGCCGGCAAAAUGCCAGAGGAGUUCCAGGUCGUCGACGGACGCAUCCGGCGCCGGCCACCCCACCUCGCCCCUCUGGCGCUCGACGAGUUCACGUUGGACACAUCCCCCCUUCCAGAGGUGGCAGCGCUCAUCAAGCUUCAUGUCUGUAACAGCGACAUCCCUCACUGGGUCAGCAUCACCCCGCUGUAUGAGCAGCUCACCCGUGCACAGAAGCAGGAGAUCAAGCGGCGAUACCGCAGUUUUGCUGGCUUUUUGCGUGCUCACGGCCGGUCACUUGCGGUGUCGACGGACAUGCUUCAGGUGUCCAUGUGGAUUUUCGUGUCUUCGCCGUCGCCGCCGACCUCCGCCAGCGCGAACGCGGCCUCCGCAGGCGCGGAUGAUCAGGCUGUCACCGCGAGGGACUCCAGUGCUGCAACGCCCUCAGCAGCGUCGUCGUCGUCGUCACAGCAAGGGGUACCAUCGGAGCCACCUGUGUCGCCAGCAGCUGCGGCGGGGUCGUCGGGUGCGACUUCUGCACCGCCCACACCUGUCGUGUACACCCGAGAGCAGAUUCUCAACGCCUGGUACGAUCGCUUUCCGCCACACAAGACGCUCAACCUGCGCGACGCGAUGCAGCUGCUGCCUGUUGAGAUGCGUACCUCCGGACUUCCCACCAAGAUCGCGCCGUGGCUCGCCACCCAUCCUCACUACUUCUCCCUCGACUUCGCGGAGGAGGAGGAUCCCACAAAGGUGCUGAUCCGCCGCGCCUCGGAGCGGCAGCCGCUGGACCUCGUCGCCGCCCUCUACGCCAAGAUACCCGACAAGGACACGCCGUAUCCAUCAGCUGAGGUGCUGCAGAAGCUGGACCCGUCGGUGCGCCGCGUCAUAGAAGGCAUCGGCCUUGCUCAGCUAGGGCGCGUGCUGCCACAGUGGCUGCUGAUCGAAGAGUGUCGAGGUGGUGGGGGCGCCGUGGAGGGUGAACCGCCCCAGCAAGAGGCGUUCACAAUGCGGCGGCUGCAGGAUAUGGAGGCGCUCGAGAAGGCGCAGCGGCGCGACAGCAAAAUUGUGAGGAAAAGAGAAGUGGUGAAGGUCGACGCUGGCAUGGCGGGGCUGGAGGAGUCGGUGACCAGGACUUGA